CCGGUUACUCUGCAAUGCGGCCACUCUUUGUGCUCGAAAUGUUGUUCCGUUCUGUUGGAGUCGUACGGCGCAAACACUGUACCACGCCGUUCAAGAAUUCGUAUGGGUUUAAGCAGUAUGAGCUAUUCGCAUUUGGAGAGAAAGAGCAGUUUCCAGUCCAAUUCUUCUGUUCGGUCAGUAGGUCUUGCUUAUAGAUCGCCUCAAUGCAUUGUGUGUGGCGAGCGUCCGAAGACGACUCCACCGGUGCCUAACCUGGAAUUGGCGAUCUUUCUACGCGCUCUGAAUGCUGAAAAAAUGACCGAGCAUGAAAAUCCGGCUUAUAGAGAGAUCAUGGAUGAUGACAGGUAA